AUGACAUCUAUGCUUGCUCUGUCGCAUAAAGUGAAGACAAAAGGUGCACAGAAGACUAAAGUUGCACGACAUGAGAGGUCUACGAAACGUGACCCAUCAUAUUUUGAGCACGUUGACACUUUUCAUUCCAGGACAGAACCUUCUUCUUCACGAAAAUCUCAAGUGAAAUCGAAGCCAAAAGAAUUUGCGCGAAGGCCAAUACCAUUGUUAAAUCAAUUUCAUCUGAUUUGUCAACCAUACAUUGUCGAUGUUGUUGAUGUUGUUGCCGAUGGUCAUUGCGGUUAUCGAUGCAUUGUUGCUUUGUUGGGUCUAGGUGAAGAGAAUUGGCCCAUUAUUCGACAUGACCUUCAUGAAGAACUAACUCAGUGGCGUGAUGAAUACGCAAAUUUAGUAGGAAGCUACAAUCGAUUGGAAGAACUACGUCAGUCAUUAAUUGUCCACGAUCGAUCACAGGUUAAUGCUAAGAAGUGGAUGACCAUACCGGACACUGGUUAUGCCAUUGCAAAUACAUACAAUGUCAUCUUAGUAUGUUUGUCCUUUGUUCAGAGUUUUACCAUAUUCCCACUUCGCACUCCACCGCCUACUGAUAUUAGACAACAUCGGAUGUUAUGCAUUGGAUUUGUUAAUGGAUGUCAUUUCGUACAGGUUCAAUUACAACAUGGUUGUCCGUUACCCAUGGUGGACAUCAUUUCCUCAAACCAUUGUUACCCAGAGGCGCGAGCAUGGUCAUCAUUUUAUACACAUAGGAUGCAAUCAUUUAUGGAAUUAAUGGGAUCUAAUAAAAUUUAUGUAGAUCUUAGAGUAGACUGA